UGUGAUUGCGGACAGUGAGAGGGCCAUUGCUAUCAUGCCCGGGCGCGCGGGCGUCGCCCGGUUCUGCUUGCUGGCUCUCGCUCUGCAGCUACACUGGCCGCUGGCGGCGUGCGAGCCGGGAUGGAUCACAAAUGGAAGCAAAGAAGGUAGCCCUCCACUACAACAUGAACUCAUAAUACCUCAGUGGCGGACUUCAGAAAGCCCUGGGAGAGGAAAGUAUCCACUCACAGCAGAACUCAGGGUCAUGGCUGAAGGGAGAGAGCUGAUCCUGGACCUGGAGAAGAACGAGCACCUUUUUGCUCCAGCCUACACAGAAACCUGCUACACCGCAAGUGGCAAUCCUCAAACCAGCACGCUGAAAUCUGAGGAUCACUGCUUUUACCAUGGGACUGUGAGGCAAGUGGACGAGUCCAGUGUCACGCUCAGCACCUGCCGAGGAAUUAGAGGACUGGUUACAGUGAGAAGUAACGUCAGCUACAUCAUCGAGCCCGUCCCUGACAGCGACAGCCAACACCGUAUCUACAGAUCCGAACAUCUCAAGCUGCCCCCGGGGAACUGUGGGUUUGAGCACUCCGGGCCCACCUCUAAGGACUGGGCCUUUCAGUUUACACAUCAGACCAAAAAGCAACCUCGCAGAAUGAAACGGGAAGAUUUACACUCUAUGAAGUACGUGGAGCUUUACCUGGUGGCUGAUUAUGCAGAGUUUCAGAAGAAUCGGCAUGACCAGGAUGCCACCAAACACAAGCUCAUGGAGAUUGCCAACUACGUUGAUAAGUUUUACCGCUCUCUGAACAUCCGGAUUGCUCUUGUCGGCUUGGAGGUGUGGACACAUGGGGAUAAGUGUGAAGUUUCAGAGAAUCCGUACUCCACUCUGUGGUCCUUUCUUAGUUGGAGACGCAAGCUACUUGCCCAGAAAAGCCAUGACAAUGCUCAGCUAAUCACGGGCAGGUCCUUCCAAGGCACCACCAUUGGCCUGGCCCCCCUCAUGGCCAUGUGCUCCGUGUACCAGUCCGGUGGAGUUAGCAUGGACCACUCUGAGAAUGCCAUCGGUGUAGCCUCCACCGUGGCCCAUGAGAUUGGCCACAACUUUGGCAUGAGCCAUGAUUCUGCACACUGCUGUUCUGCCAGCGCAGCCGAUGGCGGGUGCAUCAUGGCCGCCGCCACUGGGCACCCUUUCCCCAAAGUGUUUAGUUGGUGCAACAGGCGGGAGCUGGACAGGUAUCUGCAGUCAGGAGGUGGGAUGUGUCUCUCCAACAUGCCAGAUACUAGGACGCUGUAUGGAGGCCGGAGGUGUGGCAAUGGGUACCUAGAAGACGGUGAAGAGUGUGACUGUGGAGAAGAAGAGGAAUGUAAGAACCCUUGCUGCAAUGCCUCCAACUGCACUCUGAAGGAAGGGGCUGAGUGUGCCCAUGGGUCCUGCUGUCACCAAUGUAAGCUGGUGGCUCCUGGAACCGAGUGUCGUAAGGCUGUUCGGCAGUGUGACCUCCCCGAGUUCUGCACGGGCAAGUCUCCCCACUGCCCCACCAACUAUUACCAGAUGGAUGGCACCCCCUGUGAGGGUGGCCAGGCCUACUGCUACAAUGGCAUGUGCCUCACUUAUCAGGAGCAGUGCCAGCAGCUGUGGGGACCUGGAGCCCGGCCUGCCCUCGAUCUUUGCUUUGAGAGGGUGAACGCUGCUGGUGACACCUAUGGAAACUGUGGCAAGGGCUUGAAUGGCAAAUACAGGAAGUGCAGCCCCAGGGAUGCCAAGUGUGGGAAGAUCCAAUGCCAGAGCACCCAGGCCAGGCCCCUGGAAUCCAACGCAGUAUCUAUUGACACCACCAUUACCUUGAACGGGAGGCGGAUCCACUGUCGGGGCACCCAUGUCUACCGGGGUCCUGAGGAGGAGGAAGGGGAAGGUGACAUGCUGGACCCAGGGCUGGUGAUGACUGGGACCAAGUGUGGCCACAACCAUAUUUGCUUUGAGGGGCAAUGCAGGAACACCUCCUUCUUUGAGACGGAAGGCUGUGGGAAGAAGUGCAAUGGUCACGGGGUCUGCAACAACAACCAGAACUGUCAUUGCAACUCUGGCUGGGCUCCACCUUUCUGUAACACCCCGGGAGACGGUGGCAGCAUUGACAGUGGUCCUUUGCCCCCUAAGAGCGUGGGUCCAGUGAUCGCGGGUGUGUUUUCGGCCCUCUUCGUGUUGGCAGUCCUGGUGCUAUUGUGCCACUGUUACCGACAGAGCCACAAGUUGGGCAAGCCCUCAGCGCUCCCGUUCAAGCUGCGACAGCAGUUCAGUUGUCCCUUCAGGGUGUCUCAGAAUGGUGGAACUGGCCAUGCCAACCCAACUUUCAAGUUGCAAACACCCCAGGGCAAGCGAAAGGUGACUAACACCCCUGAAACUCUCCGGAAGCCCUCCCACCCUCCUCCCCGGCCCCCUCCAGACUACCUGCGUGUUGAGCCCCCACCUGUACCAUUGCCAGCACAUCUGAACAGGACUUCUGGGAGCUCCCCAACGGCGGGAGCUCAAAUAGAAAGAAAGGAGUCAGCCAGGAGGCCUCCCCCAACCCGGCCCAUGCCCCCUGCACCUAACUGCCUACUGUCCCAGGAUUUAUCCAGGCCUCGACCACCUCAGAAGGCACUUCCAGCGAAUCCAGUGCCGGGCCAAAGGACCGUUCCCAGGCCAGGAAACACUUCCCUGCUUCAGCCCCCUACUACUGGUCCUCAGCCUCCCAGGCCUCCAGCAGUGUCUGUUCCGAAGCUUCCUGAGUACCGAUCACAGAGGGUUGGAGGGAUAACUAGCUCCAAGAUCUAGAAGUGUCUAGAAGUUUCUGGUUGCGAUUGAAGACUCCGGAUGCCAUGGAAGGUCCAGAAGAAAGAAGCCUGCUCGGCCACUCUGAAGCUUCUGCAGCCUUCUGGAACGCCCCCUCAUCCUCAGAAUCUCCUUUCUUGCCCUAGUGCCUCCUGCUUCCUCUGAGGCCCAGAGGGACUCAUAUCCGAUGGCUUCUAAGUGUUGUCCUGUGCAAUAUACAGCCCGGGUAGGAAAGGGAAGCAUAUGAAGGAGGGUGGGGAAAAUUCUCCCUCAGCCCAUUAGCCAAGAGCUACCAGCGAUGCUCAGGGAAGUCUUGAGUUGGGGUCCUCCUGUGCAGAACUUGGAGAAGGCAUCCAUCUGGGUCCUAUGCUGGCAGGUACACAUGGGAGCUUCACUGAUUGGCCUCCCUCUGGGAUCCCAGACUGCCCAGGCUGGGCCUUACCAUCUCUUAGCUUUUAGGGACUGAGGAAGCUUAUUGCUGCAUUCCUGCCCCAAGGCUUGGACAAGGUGCCUGUUCCUGGCUAUCUGGCUGCAUGUGACAAGCCAUGAUCCCCUCCCCUGCCGUUCUUCACAUUCCCAUCCCCAUAUUUACACGGGUCACUCUGACUCAGACAGGUACUAUUUGUAAGUAGUGUAGACAGCAGAGGGGAGUGGUCAGCCUGUGUCCCCUCUGAGCCAUGAUGCCAAAGGUUGCUAAGGACAUUUAGAAUCCCCAGCUAUCCAUCCCUAAUGUUCCAUGUGUCACCUUCUCCUCCAGCAUCCUUAUCCUAUGGUGCUUUGGUGGCGAACCACAGCAGUCCUGACUUGCUAGUGACUAUAUACCAGUGACCUGCAAAUCAGGAUCCUGCCUCAUGGGGUAGCCACUGGACUUCCUGCACUGGAUCUCAAGAGCAUUGAGCCGAGUGGCUGUGUGUGUGUGUGUGUGUGUGUGUGUGUGUGUGUGUGUGUGUGUGUGAGAGAGAGAGAGAGAGAGAGAGAGAGAGAGAGAAUGAGAGAGACAGACAGACAGCUCUGCAUGUUCUUGUAUUUUAUGGCCUCCAGCAGGAUAAGGGGUCUCCUCCUUGUUUCUGACCUAUAUCUAAGUAAGGUUCUCCAGGACAUCCACAGCUAUACUGAGGGGGACUGGCAUGUUUGGAAUCCUGGCUACUAGUAAUCUAUACACAGGGGCACCAGCCCCUCCCUGAUGGUCAGCUCUGAGGUGGGACUGUUGACUCUGAACAGAUCGCUCUCAGCAGCCAUGGUGAGCCAGAUCUGGGCAAGGUUCCCCAAACUAUCUUCAACCAGGGGUUUAUCAUGUACCUCCAUCGGUUCUCUCCUGGUUACUCGCCCCUAUGUGAUUGUCAUAGAAAAUGCUGAGAAGCUGGGAAUGGGACUUGGGUGGACUUCUUGCUUGGUGCUCCACUACUUAGAGUGGUUUUUAUACAUUUGUUGGGCCUAGCCUCUGAGAGGCCAUCUUCCACCCCUAAAAAGGUUCUAAUAGCACUCCAGAGGGUUCUCUAGGGGCCUUCCCGCCACCCACAGCAAGCAGUUGUUAGCUCUUGGAACCCUCCGGAGGAAGAGGCAAGCUUUGACUCCCCAUUUACCACCUCGAGGCCUCCUUAUAUCUCUUCACAGAGUAAGCUCUUGGGAUUGUAGACAAGAGGGAGAUAUGACGUACAUGGCCUGGGGUAGAAAGAUCUCAGGAAAACACCUUUCUUCUUUUCAGGGUGAUUGCUGUUCACACUCUCUGAGUGUGAUCCAAAUGCUUGCUUAGGCCUCGGUCCAUCUCCUAUAUCAGUUUGUCAUUUGUGUGCUUUACCAAAUGCCAGUGACUACAGGCUGGGCCCUAGAAACAUAGGCCACCCUGAUUCUCACCACACACCCUCCGCUUUCAGUCCCUUGAACCAUAUCAGAAAAACACCCAUUUCUUUGCUCCUUGGCAGUCACUUCCAUUUUUUUCUUUUUCAUUACUUCGAUACCACCUCCACCCCAUAAACUUAUACUGUGAAGUGUAAGAGGGCGGGAUUUUUUUUUUAACUUGGUAGAAAUGUUGGCAGCUACUCUACGUACACCUUCAUUCUAGGCUUUGUUUCCAAAGGCCAGCAAGGCUGUCACAGGUAGGAAUCCCUUCCCAUCUGCAUUGUGAAGGGUUCCAUACAGGUGUAUUUAGACUUCAAGGACAGGGUUUGUCCCAAAGGAUUGUGACUUAGGAGAUGAAAGAAUAUUACCACAUGGGGAAGAGGGAGUGGUCGCAACAGAACUCUUUAGUCUACCUACACUAAGUUUGUGGGGGCAUCUGAGACGGAAAAGGCCUUUUCUUAUGCAUAGAAAGUGAGCAAGACUAGAAAUAACUGUUUAAGGCAUCUCUGUUCCUGGCCACUGAAGAGAGAUGUCAGAAGAUGUUGGAACAGGUCAAAGCCAAGGCUCUGGUGGACUGAGGGAAGGUUUGUAGCUGGAUUUAGUGGUGUACACCUUUAGUCCCAACAGAGGCAGGUAGAUAUCUUGAGUUUGAAGCUAGCCAGGUCUCAAAAGGAAGUUACAGGACAACCAGGGCCACACA